AUGUGUCUGUUUCUUGAAAUCCCGUUUGAGCUCCGAGAGUUAAUCAUCGAACAUGUGCUCUAUACGCCACUCAGCCCGCCUGUGACUCCGGUGCAAUCCGAUGGAAUCGAAUAUAAUGAUCUUAGGUACAAGGCAUGGGCUGGAGGAGGUACCAAGGUUUACUAUAAGCAGCAGAACAUGGCUGGCUCUUCAAAUUGCCUGUCUCUUCUUCUCACCAAUCACCAAAUUUCAACCGAGACUCGGGCGAUCCUUGGAGGCAUGAAAGUCGACUAUAUCCUUGAUAUUUCAGUCAAGGAUGACCUAACUCUUUUUCUGACAUGGCUGUCGGUGCCGUGUCUCACAACCCACAUAUCGACCCUCUACGCAAAUAUCCGUCUUUUUGGUCACAUCAUUGAGCAGUUCGUUGUCCGCGGCCAAGUGGGCGAUGGCGGCCGGUUUGGCUUCCACUGGUCAUUCUAUGCGGCAUUAGAGAGGUUUCUCCACUAUGGUCCUGUCGGGGAAAAGAGACGCAAAAACGAAGAUAGCCUAUCUGAGAACCACCGAAACGCGCAGGGAUUCGAGGACCGCGGGAUGUUGAUCGACACACUUGUUCUCGAUUUCCAGUCCGCUGAACUCGAGCUGGCCUUUCCGCCAGAGAAAGUAACAUACAAGCAUUGGUCGGACCGGCAUUUGGGUAGGGAUCGGUUCAACCCAAGCCAAAUCACAGGGAUAUUGUCAUCAUAUACAACGCGCCCGGAGUGGCUCUGUCAAUAUCUGAAGGAUUGGAUAGAGGAUCUUCUUCUCAUGAGUUGUUAUUACUCCAAAUACGGACAGCCCCUAUAUGAACACAUUGGAACCAUUCGCAUGCUUGUUGAUGGAAAGCCAUAUUGUGAAUUUGAUCUUACAACUGGGCUAGCUCACCUACAGUUUACUGGUCUGGAUAGCAUGAUGUGCCAUUUACCCAGACAUGACAGAGAGUCUGAGUUUUGGAAAUGGAAAAAAGGGACAUUGCUCAGAAGGGAAGCCCAAGGGUUUCCUGGGUAA